AUGAAGACCAUACUAAUACUCGGAGGAUCCUUUACCGGCGUCAGUACAGCCCAUCGAAUCCUGAAACAAGCCUCGAAAACCGGACCUGCCGUCAAGGUCAUUCUCGUAUCCCCAAACACGCAUCUCUACUGGAACAUCGCCGCUCCUCGAGCCCUACUACCAGGUCAGUUCACGGAUGAAAAAAUCUUUCAGUCAAUACCGGAGGGCUUCAAGCAGUAUUCGAAAGAUCAGUUUGAGCACAUUGUCGGCUUCGCAAGUAACCUUGACGCGGCCAACAAAAAGGUGGAAGUUUCUGCGGAUGCUGAGGGGAAAAAGCUGGUGAGGACAAUCAGAUAUGACUUUUUGAUCAUUGGAACGGGAUCCAGAAGCAAAGAGUUUGAUGAAGAUGUCAAGGCGCCGUUCAAGGGACUGGGCUCAACCGAAGCGACAAAGAAUGCGCUGCAUGAGUUUCAGGAGCUGGUGACAAAGUCAAAGACGAUUGUCGUUGCUGGUGCUGGUCCAACUGGUGUUGAGACUGCCGGUGAAUUGGGUUAUGAGUAUGGAAAGACCAAAAAAAUCAUUCUAGUCACGAGUGGAAACACUGUCCUCGAAACCGCAAUUUCUAGCGUAUCCAAAACGGCAUUAGGCAUGCUCCGAGAUUUGGAUGUUGAUGUCAAGCUACAAACCAAAGUCACCGGCUCSUCCCSUACUAAAARCGAAGGUCCAAACCAAUUCGAAAUAUCCCUCUCCGACGGAACCACAUUAUCCGCGGACCUUUACAUACCCACAUCCGGCAUCGUGCCUAACUCGUCAUUUCUUCCCGACAAACAUCUCAAUGCAAAUGGAUUCGUCAAGGUGGAUGAAUUCUUCCAAGUAAAGGGCCUCGAGAACCAGCACGUCUGGGCUAUUGGAGAUGUCAAUGACCUGGAGUCGCCGCAAUUGAUGGUCGCGGAUAGACAGUCUGGACAUUUGGCGAAGAAUAUAGGUCUUAUGUUGAACAACAAGGCUCCCCUUCCGUAUAAAGGAGGCUUGCGUGAAUCAACAACCAUGGCCGCCAACAGCUCUGAGGCCGAAACCAAACAGCAGGGCAUCAUCGAAACCGCCCAAGCCGCUGCCUCCGAUCCCCAGUCGAAAAUUCAACCAGAGUUGAUCGAGGAAAAGCUCGUCGAAGAAAGCCGCAAGGCCGGUGCCGUUGCAUACCAAUUCAAUCCAAAUGACUCGCCGGAAGAGAAAGCAAAAGCUGCGGCUGCCAGUCUUCCUCCCAAUUUCCACAAUCCAAAUAAACAAAAAGGACUUGCGUUGGUGUCAGAUAAAGACAUAACGGGCCCCGCUCAGUACGACCUUCCAUCUACCGAUAAAGCCACUGAGGAGGUAAACCAAGCCCCUACCUUGAACGAAAGCGACAAGAAAUCAGCGCAGAAUGGACAUCUGACCGAAGACCAACGAUGGGCUCGCGAUCGUACUGGAUGGGCACCUCAAUUUGUCAAGCCUGAAGAAAAGCGAGAAGAGGCAGAGACGCUGUUGGACCACCGCACCUUUUUAGAGGAAAAGCUCGGAGAUAAGUUUUUUGGAGAUUGGUAUCAUAAUGCCGCCGUUAUCGUCUUUGCCUGUCUAUCAUCGUGGAUCAUUGCAGUGCUCGGAGGAGGCCUGGGUUGGGUCUUUCUCGUCAUGGCAGCGUGUGGCACCUACUAUCGAACGUCUAUCCGCCGAGUCCGCCGCAACUUCCGUGACGAUAUUCAUCGAGAAAUGGCCAAACAGCGCAUUGAAACGGACUCGGAAAGCUUGGAAUGGAUCAACGGUUUUUUGCUCAAGUUCUGGCCAAUUUAUGCCCCUGUCCUUUGCGACACCAUCAUCAACUCCGUCGAUCAGGUUCUGAGUACCUCCACGCCGGCAUUCCUCGACAGCCUCCGCAUGAAGACUUUUGUUCUGGGCACCAAACCUCCUCGUCUCGAACAUGUGAAGACCUACCCUAAGACCGAGGUGGAUACCGUUAUCAUGGAUUGGAAGUUCAGUUUCACCCCAAAUGAUACCAUGGAUAUGACUGCCCGUGAAUUAAAGGACAAAAUCAACCCAAAGGUGGUCCUUGAGGUCAGAAUUGGCAAGGGUCUGGUUAGCCAUGGCCUCGACGUCAUUGUGGAAGAUUUCGCUUUCUCCGGCCUGAUGAGAGUCAAGAUGAAGUUGCAGAUUCCCUUCCCUCAUAUUGAACGUGUCGACAUUUGCUUUAUGGAGCGCCCCGAAAUUGACUAUGUCUGCAAGCCUCUUGGUGGAGACACUCUCGGAUUCGAUAUCAACUUCAUCCCGGGUUUGGAAGGUUUUAUCAAAGAACAAAUUCACGGCAAUCUUGGACCAAUGAUGUACCAACCCAAUGUCUUCCCCAUCGAGAUCGCGAAGAUGCUUGCAGGCAAUCCCGUGGAUCAGGCAAUCGGUGUUCUUGCUGUCACUCUUCACGGCGGUUACAACUUGAAAGGAUCUGGACGAAUCGGCAAUACUGUCGAUCCGUACUGUUCGAUCUCCAUCAACAACCGGGAUGAACUGGCCCGCACGAAAACCGUUCGAGACACAAGCGAACCACGCUGGAACGAGACUCAUUACAUCAUCAUCACUUCCUUUACCGAUUCAUUGACUUUAGGUGUUUAUGACUACAAUGACGUUCGCAAAGACCAAGAGUUGGGAGUUGCUACGUUUCCACUUGACAAGCUUGAAUCAGAGCAUGAGCAUGAGGGUCUGUCUUUGGACAUCUCAUAUAGCGGAAGAAGCCGUGGUGUUUUGAAAAGUGAUAUUCGAUUCUUCCCUGUCUUGGGCGGGCGAAAGCUUGAAGAUGGUACAGAAGAACCCGCGCCAGAGCUGAACACCGGUGUUGCACGAUUUACGGUGGAACAAGCGAAAGAGCUGGACGGAAGCAAGAGUCUGAUCGGAUCACUCAACCCUUAUGCUGUUUUGUUAUUGAAUGGCAAGGAGGUGCAUGUAACAAAGAAAUUGAAGCGCACCAACAACCCCAUUUUUCAGAACUCGUCCAAGGAGAUGCUCAUUACGGACCGGAAGCAUGCCAAAUUAGGUCUUGUCAUCAAGGAUGAUCGCGACCUAGCGACUGAUCCGGUCAUCGGAAGAUAUCAGAUCAAAUUAGAUGACAUGCUCAAAAUGAUGGACAAGGGUCAAGAGUGGUAUCAGCUAAGUGGCGCCAAGACAGGUCGUGUCAAGAUGAUGAUUGACUGGAAACCGGUGGCUUUGCGUGGUAUUGUUGGUGGUGCCGGCUAUGUGGCCCCUAUCGGCGUAGCCCGUAUACAUUUCAAAGGCGCCACCGAAUUACGAAAUCUUGAGACCAUGGGCAAGUCCGAUCCAUAUGCUCGUGUUUUGCUUAAUGGUAUCUCCAGCGGUCGCACAGUCACCUACAAAAACAACCUUAAUCCUGUAUGGGAUGAAAUUGUUUACGUUCCGGUCCACAAUGUGCGAGAGAAGUUGACAUUAGAGGUUAUGGACGAAGAAAACAUGCAGAAGGAUCGUAGCCUUGGUGAAGUCGAAAUUGCAUUGUCGGACUACAUUCACGAGGACGAGAACGGGGAAUAUGAAGUUGAUGACGAAAAACAAGACAUCAAGAGUGGUCUCCGCAUGAACGGACGCGGUGCUGCUAAGGGUAUUCUUAAUUACAAUAUAGCUUUCUACCCAACCUUGAAUGUCUAUGACCCCGAGGAAGAUACGGAAGAAGAGGAGGAAGAGGGUGAGCUGGCUAGUCUUACAUCUCGAGGACAUUCCAAGCAAAACAGCGUCGACUCAACGCGCAAAAGCAGUGAUGCCCCUAGGCCUAGCACGGAUGUCAAGUCAAAUGGCCGAUCGAGCAUCGACACCGCGGUUUCCAAGGCUGCAACCAAUGGUGGUUUGACUUCUCCCACAUCGCCAAAGGCAGUGGUACAAGAGCGUCCUAAGAUACACAUCGAGGCUGCAGACUUGACCAAAUACGAGUCGGGUCUCAUCGUUUUCAAGCUCAUCGAUGGGCAGCUGUCACACACCAAUGUCCAGCUUGAGGUUCUCGUCGACGAUCAUAUGUUCCCCUCGUACACCUCGAUGAAGAUCAAAUCUCGAGAGGCUACAUUCCAAGAUGUCGGCGAUGCGUUCAUUCGAGAACUGGACAUGUCGCAGCUCACCCUUCGACUUGUGCAGAAAUCCAACGAUAAGGACGAAAAGCACGUGAUUGCCAAAUUGACUGGUGACACAUUGUCUACUUUACAGCGCUGUCUUUACACACCCACUGAGUUAUCGCUGCGGGCCGAUAAUGGUGCAGUUAGCAAGAUCAAGGUCAGCCUACGAUUCAUCCCAGUGCAGAUGAAGUUGGACCCUCGCGAAUCAAUCAACAACUCGGGUGAGCUGCGUGUCGACGUGCUGGACGCUGCGGACCUCCCAUCUGCCGACCGCAACGGAUUCAGUGACCCCUACUGCAAGUUCAAACUCGAAGGCAAGGACGUCUACAAGACCAAGGUCCAGAAGAAGACUCUCCAUCCUGCAUGGAAUGAAUUCUUUGAAACGUCCAUCAAGUCCAGAAUUGGCGCCAAAUUCCGUGUGGACGUCUACGAUUGGGAUUUCGGAGACAAAGCGGACUUUCUCGGCGGAGCCGACAUCAAUCUUGAGAUGCUCGAACCGUUUCAACCACAGGAAAUUAAUCUUGACCUAGACGGAAAGUCAGGUGCCAUUCGUCUUAAGCUCCUAUUCAAACCGUCCUAUGUAACAAAGACACGACAGGGCCAAUCAACGAUGUCUGGUACUUUUGCGCCCGCUGGCAAGAUUGUGGGAGCUCCGGUCAAAGGAGUGGGCAUGGUUGGUGGUGGAGUUGUCAAGGGUGCUUCCUUCCUUGGUCGUGGUCUGAAGAGUCGAUUUACUCACAAAGAAAGCGAGGGAAACGGUAGUUCGACACCUGUGCGCGAAGAGUCUCCUCCUCCACAAACACCCAGCAAGUCCGAGGGUGGUCUUGCGCGUGCUCCUGGUUUAGUGAUCGAGCCGAGCUCGCCCAGUUCUUCUGUCGAUGCACCCGAAAGCUUGAACCGUCGUCACAGCCGCACUAAGAGCGUCAAGUCUCUGCUCGGAGACAAGGGUACACCUGGAUCAAUCGGUGCCGAGGCAGGGUCAGCGAUGUUCACUAUCGUCUCAGCCAGUGGAUUCCCCCCUUCAGCCAAUGUGCGCUGCCAUGUCCGCCUCUUAGGUGCCAAGGGCGCCAAGGAGGUACACAAAACAAAGGCAGUCAAGAGCUCCAGCGGCUCAGUUCAAUUCGACGCAUCUCACGAGACGUUCAAGGUUCCUCACGUUCCGGCGGAUGCCCAAUACCAGUUGAAGGUGGUUGACCAUAGCACAUUCGGAUCGGACACCAGUCUCGGUGAAGCGCUGUUCUUUGUCGAUGACCAAGGUACUGCAAUGAGCAAGGAGAAGAACAUUACUGUUGGCUCUGGCAGCGUCGUCAUCAAGAGUUCUUUUGCUGCUAGUGACGUUUCCAAUGGCCGACCUAGCACGUCUCAUUCCGUGAACCUCGAAGCGCCGGAUGCUAAUGGUGACACUCCCGACAAAAAGCGACGCAGCUUCUUGUCGAAGCGCAGCGUUAGUGGUGUAUAG